UUUCAAUUUGCCCCCGUCAUUUUGCUUGACUCAACUCAGCCCGACUCCUGAAACUGCCACGUUACUCAAAUCGGUGCCGGAAACGUAAAAAUUAUAUUCAGUCGGUGUUUGCGUCUCAACCGGCUAGUCCACUCAGAGCUACCGGCCGGCAUGAAUUACGAGCAGCGACUCAUAGCGGCGGCGAAGUACAUACACGGCGAUGACUCAACCGCCGUAGACGCUCCGCUUAGCUCCGCCGACUUGGGACUCAAAGCGACGCUCAAGCCGCACCAAGUUGAAGGAGUCUCAUGGCUCAUCCGAAGAUAUCGUCUCGGCGUCAAUGUCAUUCUCGGGGAUGAGAUGGGAUUGGGAAAGACACUGCAAGCAAUAUCGCUCUUGAGCUACUUAAAGGUUUCACAGAAGUCUAAUGGGCCGUUUUUAAUACUAUGCCCACUUAGUGUGACUGAUGGUUGGAAGUGUGAGUUAGCUAACUUUGCUCCAAAGCUGAAAGUAACCCACUAUGUUGGGGAGAAAGAGCAUCGCCGCAGUCUGCGUAGGAAAAUGUAUGAGCAUGCUUCCAAGGAGUCACUGCCUGAUGUCUUACAGAUGCCAUCAUUACCAUUUGAUGUUCUAUUAACAACUUAUGAGAUUGCAUUGAUUGAUCAAGAAUUUCUUUCCCAAGUUCCAUGGCAUUAUGUAAUAAUUGAUGAAGCACAAAGAUUGAAGAAUACGAGCAGUGUCCUGUACAAUGUCCUCAAAGAGCAGUUUUUGAUGCCAAGAAAAUUACUGAUGACUGGCACACCUAUACAGAACAAUCUUUCUGAACUUUGGGCAUUGAUGCACUUCUGUAUGCCUUCAAUUUUUGGAACAUCAGAGCAGUUCCUCUCUGCAUUCAAGGAAGCUGGAGAUCCUUCAUGCUAUAAUGCAGAAAAAGCCAAGGGACAACUCAAAAUUUUGAAAUAUAUACUUGGGGCCUUUAUGCUUAGAAGAACUAAAAAUCAACUGAUUGAAUCUGGAACUCUUGUACUGCCAUCUCUUACUGAGAUAACAGUGAUGGCACCUUUGGUGGCACUGCAGAAGAAGGUAUAUAUGUCAAUAUUGAGGAAGGAAUUACCCCAGUUACUAGCUCUUUCUUCUGGAGGCUCAACUAGGUCAUUACAGAAUAUUGUAAUACAGCUAAGAAAAGCAUGCAGUCACCCUUACCUUUUUCCCGGUAUUGAGCCUGAACCAUAUGAAGAGGGUGAGCACCUGGUUCAGGGCAGCGGCAAGCUUCUAGUUUUGGAUCAUCUACUCCAGAAGUUGCAUGCUUCUGGACAUCGUGUUCUUCUUUUUGCUCAGAUGACCCAAACUCUUGAUAUACUCCAGGAUUUUCUGGAACUGAGAAAAUAUUCAUAUGAGCGUCUUGAUGGUUCAAUUCGGGCAGAGGAACGAUUUGCUGCAAUAAGAAGUUUUGGCCAGACAUCAGCCAAAGGAAGCUCAGAUUCAGAAGCUGAUCAGCAGGGAGCAUUUGUCUUUAUGAUUUCAACAAGAGCUGGAGGGGUUGGAUUGAAUCUCGUGGCUGCUGAUACAGUUAUUUUUUAUGAACAGGAUUGGAAUCCCCAGGUGGACAAGCAGGCUCUGCAGCGUGCUCACCGGAUUGGUCAAAUGAAGGAUGUUUUAUCCAUUCACUUAGUUACCAGGAGGACAGUGGAGGAGGUCAUUAUGCGAAGGGCAUAUCGAAAGCUACGGCUGAGCCACAAUAUUAUAGGAGAGGAUACUAUAGAUAGGGGUGAGAAAGAGACGGAAGGAGUGGAAGCUGGUGAUUUGCGAUCCAUUGUACUUGGCUUACAGAUGCUAGAUCCUAUGGACAUGAGUAAAGAAAACUCUGAUAAGGUGGAUAUGAGUGAGUUAACUGCAAUGGCUGAAAAAGUAAUUUCAUUCCGCAAGCAGCAACAAUUGGACAAGUUUGACAAGAAGUUUGAGAUGAAUUGUAUGGACAUAGUCAAUGGCAGUUGUUCUAUCACUGAGGGAAUUUCAGAUCCCGUUGAUAAUGAUCCUGUUGAAGAUGAGAAUUCAUAUCAAUCUUGGAUUGAAAAGUUCAAGGAAGUAUUGCAGGCAAAUAAUACUCCAAUUAUGGAGCUGGGAAGUAGGAGAAGAUUGGUAGAGGAGAAUCAUCUAAAAGCAGAAGCUGCAAGGAAAAGGGCAGAGGAGAAAAAACUGUCUGAAUGGGAAGCUCUAGGCUAUCAUUCAUUGUCUGUGAAAGAUCCAGUGUGCCCUGAUGAUAAGGAUAUUAAAUCAGAUUCUGGUUCUGUCCAUUUUGUUUAUGGGGAUUGCACACUUCCCUCAAAGGCGUGUCCAUCAGAGCCUACAGUUAUAUUCAGCUGUGUUGAUGACUCAGGAAACUGGGGCCAUGGAGGAAUGUUUAAUGCACUUGCUAGGCUUUCAGCAAGCAUCCCUAUGGCAUAUGAACGAGCAUCUGAAUUUGGUGAUCUGCACAUAGGUGAUCUCCAUCUUAUAGAAAUUAGAGAUGAUUGUAAUGGUGACAGUAAUGACAAUACCUCACCUCAUAUUCCUCAAUGGGUUGCUUUGGCUGUUGUUCAAUCAUACAAUCCUAGGAGAAAAGUCCCCAGGAGUAAUAUAUCUAUCCCGAGCUUAGAAGAUUGCCUGUUGAAAGCAUCUUAUGUGGCUGCUCAGAAGUCUGCAUCAAUCCACAUGCCACGAAUCGGCUAUCAGGAUGGGACUGACAGGUCAGAAUGGUACACAAUUGAGCGCCUUCUGCGGAAAUAUGCUUCCAUGUUUGGUGUAAAGAUUUUUGUGUAUUAUUUUCGACGUUCUGCACAAGGAUAGGUGAGUAAGUACAGCAGAACCCUCUGGUCUGCAUAUUUCACUCACAGCUUCUUACUGGCAUCAUGCUUAUACAAUUUUGAGAGCACAUCUUUUCUUUGAUGAAGAUGUUUGAGCUAACAUCUAGGGUGGACCUGUAAGUGUUGUUAGUAUUAGGACCUGGAACUAUGUAUUUAUAUUGUAAUAUCAUAUUUUAAAGAAUGAUACAAGUCAGCUGGUAUGUUUCU